UACUUUGAGAAUCUUUCAAAACAGAAACCAAAGGAAGUCAUGGAGAAGAAUGGGAACAACCACAAACUUCGUGUUUGUGUUGCUACUUGCAACCGUGCUGAUUAUUCAAAACUAGCUCCCAUUAUGUUUGGUAUUAAGGCAGAACCACAGUUCUUUGAGCUUGAUGUUGUAGUGCUUGGCUCCCACCUGAUUGAUGAUUAUGGCAAUACCUAUCGUAUGAUUGAACAAGAUGACUUUGACAUUCAUACAAGAUUGCACACCAUUGUGAGAGGGGAGGAUGAGGCAGCUAUGGUGGAGUCAGUAGGCCUUGCAUUAGUCAAGUUGCCAGAUGUCCUGAACCGCCUGAAACCUGACAUAAUGAUUGUUCACGGGGACAGAUUUGAUGCUUUGGCCCUGGCUACAUCUGCAGCACUGAUGAAUAUUCGCAUUCUUCACAUUGAAGGCGGGGAAGUCAGUGGGACCAUUGAUGAUUCCAUCAGACAUGCUAUAACCAAACUGGCCCAUUACCACGUGUGCUGCACAAGGAGUGCAGAGCAACAUUUGAUAGCCAUGUGUGAAGACCAUGACCGCAUCCUUUUAGCAGGCUGUCCUUCAUAUGACAAGCUUCUCUCUGCCAAAAAUAAGGACUACAUGAGUAUUAUACACAUGUGGCUAGGUGAAGAUGUCAAAACAAGAGAUUAUAUAGUCGCUCUGCAACAUCCUGUAACCACAGACAUUAAACAUUCCAUAAAGAUGUUUGAGCUGACACUAGAUGCACUUAUCUCCUUCAACAAGAGAACACUUGUUCUAUUCCCUAAUGUGGAUGCAGGAAGCAAAGAGAUGGUUCGAGUGAUGAGGAAGAAGGGCAUUGAACAUCAUCCCAAUUUCCGGGCAGUAAAACACGUCCCAUUUGACCAGUUCAUUCAAUUAGUUGCUCAUGCUGGUUGUAUGAUUGGUAACAGCAGUUGUGGUGUCCGAGAGGUGGGAGCAUUUGGUACACCUGUAAUCAACUUAGGGACACGUCAGACAGGAAGAGAAACAGGUGAAAAUGUUCUUCAUGUUCGUGACGCUGACACACAGGAUAAGAUUCUGCAUGCUCUACAGCUGCAGUUUGGUAAACAGUACCCAUGCUCAAAAAUAUAUGGUGAUGGCAAUGCUGUUCCAAGGAUUUUGAAGUUCCUUAAGUCUAUUGACCUCAAAGAGCCAUUGCAAAAGAAAUUCUGUUUUCCUCCUGUAAAAGAUAACAUCUCUCAAGAUAUUGACCAUAUUCUAGAGACACAGAGUGCUCUGGCUGUGGACCUAGGUGGAACAAAUCUCCGAGUAGCAAUUGUCAGUAUGAAGGGUGAAAUAGUUAAGAAGUAUACCCAGCUCAACCCUAAAACUUAUGAAGACAGACUAGAAUUAAUUCUAAAGAUGUGUGUAGAGGCUGCAUCAGAGGCAGUAAAUUUGAACUGCAGAAUUUUGGGAGUAGGUAUUUCCACAGGUGGACGGGUAAACCCCCGAGAAGGAAUUGUGCUUCACUCUACAAAACUCAUUCAGGAAUGGAGCUGUGUGGAUCUCAGAACCCCAAUAUCUGAUGUUCUGCACCUGCCAGUCUGGGUGGACAAUGAUGGAAACUGUGCUGCUCUAGCAGAGAGGAAAUUUGGUCAUGGAAAAGGAGUAGAAAAUUUUGUAACACUAAUUACUGGUACAGGAAUUGGAGGUGGAAUCAUUCAUCAACAUGAAUUGAUCCAUGGCAGUUCUUUCUGUGCUGCUGAGCUUGGGCAUAUUGUUGUAUCUUUAGAUGGACCAGAAUGCCUGUGUGGUAGCCAAGGAUGUAUAGAAGCAUAUGCAUCUGGAAUAGCAUUACAGAGAGAAGCUAAGAAACUGCAUGAUGAGGAUCUGCUUUUAGUAGAAGGAAUGGCAAUGAAGAAGGAGGAGGUUGUUGGUGCUGCACAUCUCAUUCAAGCAGCUAAACUUGGGAACACAAAAGCAGACAACGUUCUCAGAACAGCCGGGACAGCAUUAGGCCUUGGAGUUGUGAACAUUCUGCACACGAUGAACCCCUCUCUUGUGAUCCUUUCUGGAGUUCUAGCUAGCCACUACGUUAAUGCUGUUAAAGAUGUCAUAAAUCGACAGGCUUUGUCCUCUGCUAAAACUGUGGAUGUAGUGGUCUCAAAUCUGGCAGAUCCUGCUCUCCUUGGAGCUGCAAGCCUGGUACUGGAUUAUACCACACGCAGAAUAUACUAG